AAAUAAAUAACUCAAUAGUCAAACUUCCAUUUUAAGUAUGACGUCGUCAUUCUACUCUCUGUCUUCUUCUCACCUGCAAUUUCUUCCCUUAUCUCUUUCCCUCUCCACUCUUCCCUUUCGCUAUUCUUCAAUCCCAACCCAAAAACUCCAUUUCUGCAGAAAAAAACUUGUCACACAAAUGUCAAACCCGACCCUGAACCCGAACCCAAACUCCGAUCGUUUAAAAGAACUGAAAGAAUUCGACGAGUCAAAAAUCGGAGUCAAAGGUCUGGUAGAUAAGGGCCUUACUGCUAUACCCAGUUUCUUCAUCCACCCACUAGAACCACCAAACCCGGAACCCAAAACCCGACCCGGUUACAAACACUCCAUUCCCGUCGUUGACUUCUCUGCCCCUCGGUCCACCCUCGUUGACCAAAUUCACCAAGCUUCGACGACCCUCGGAUUCUUCCAGAUUAUCAAUCACUCAGUCCCCGUAGAAGCCAUAAACAGAAUUGUGGGGUCCAUAAAAACAUUCAACGAACAUCCCGAUAAAGUAAAAAUGAAGUAUUACAGUAGGGACAUGUCACGUGGAGUAGGGUACUCCACGAACUUCGAUUUGUACAACUCGAAAGCUGCCAGCUGGAGAGACACAUUGCAGAUGAGGUUGGGUCCCACACCACCGGAUUGGGAGCAUGUGCCGGAGGUGUGUAGGGAUGCGGCAAUUCAGUGGGAUAAAGAAGUGGUGAAAAUAGGGGAAGAGUUGAUGGGUUUGUUGUGUGAAGGGUUAGGUGUGAAGGAGGAUAGAUUGAAGGAGUUAUCUUGUUUGGAUGCGAGGAUUAUGGCUGCUCAUUAUUAUCCGUACUGUCCUCAGCCGGAGUUAACGAAAGGGUUGACGCCGCAUACAGAUCCUGGUGUGUUGACGGUGUUGGUGCAAAAUGAGGUGACUGGCUUGCAAGUUAAGUUUGGAGACGAUUGGGUGGAUUUGGAGCCCAUUCCGGGGGCGAUUAUUAUUAAUAUUGGUGAUAUCCUUCAGGUAUGCUCUACGCUAGCUCGUAACUAGACUUGUAUAGUUUGC